UGCCGGGAGUAGAAUAAAGACCAUGUUGGAGAGCUUUGCGCAUUUCUCCAUCUCGGGUGCGGGUCCAGACCGUUGUGUGAUACGGAUUUCUUUGUGACCAUGAAGUUAAUUUGAAUUGCUCACGGAUUUGUUUUUAACGAAGUUUAGACAACAAUGAAGUACGGAAUGGUUGUUAUCACUGCUGGCUUUUCAGGUUUACUCAGCUUCAGCUUUCUUGCAGUGGCAAUUGGGAGCGACUAUUGGUACAUCAUCGAUGUGAACAGAGCGAACCUGUCGGACUUGGAGGACCUGAGUUCGCAUUCCGGUCUCUGGAGGAUCCGUGAAGGGAAAAAUGCCACCUCUUGGCCAAUCCAGUCCUUCUUUGUGGAUACCUCCAACAAAACUGAGAUAGAGAAGCACCUUAUCAACUCCCACAAGGUGAUAGUCAUCCUGCUGCCUCUCAGUCUGUUGCUGGUCGUGUUGGGAGGGAUCUGUGGUCUGGUCAGCUCUCUGGCCAGGAAUCCCAGCCUGCUGGCCGGCUCUGCAUCCUACUUCCUCUUCUGCAGUCUCUUCACCCUCUCCGGGUUGAGCGUCUACGUCAGCUACUGCCAACAGGCUCGGGAGCUGUUGGAACCUGAGAUUCUGGCCAGCAUCCAUGUGUCCUAUGGCUGGUCGUUGGGUAUGGCCUGUCUCUCCUUCAGCCUGGAGGUGACCGCGGGCCUGCUGCUGAUGCUGGCUGCUCGUAUGGCCCACCUCAUGGGACACGACCAUGGAGUCAUCAUUAUCGCCAUGGCCUGAAAAGGGAAAGAGAACGGACUGAAACUGGAAGGGACUACUGGAAGGGUCCAAUCAGAAUCACUCAUUUUCAUUCUCUGUUGCCAAACGUUUUUAAAUGUUUUCUGUUGCGUGCCCUAAUGAACACGACCCCUGACUGUGACCACUGAUCAAACUUCCCAGUGCAUUGCAACUCCAAAGGACUGACUUGGAUGUUGCAUGUUCUAGGUUUCUCCUCUGAGCUACUGGUCCAUAUUAGGACAGUCUCAGAGACACACGAACUUGGCUCCACAAUGCAACCCUCUCUGGACACAUGGACUCAUUAUUGGGGGCAGCAGGUCUAUUUUGCUAAUUGAAAGGGAUUUGCAAGGCUCCAAUCAUACACACGGACACACAAAAACACACUCUUUCUGGCAAUAUUACAUAGCCAGUCACUAGAUUCGAAUGCUACAAAGGAAAAAUGCUUUCGCAUCCUCAAUGGCUGGAGGGCAACAGCAGUUAAUAAGGCUUCGAUUACUCAGCACCUCUAUUUCCUCUGGUUUCCUCAGGGUUCACAGCCCAGAAGCUACUUUCAACACAUUACAUACAUUGUCACAAUCUACUAAUUUAUUAAUGUUGUGGCUCUUUGCUAAUCAAUGAGUUGUUGUGAGAUGAAGAAAGACACUAAGUUAAUCACUAGGACAUUAUUGUAGGGAAAUUUGGUUUUGGUUUCUCAGUGCACUUGUCUCUGUAGAUGUGUAUCGUAAUGAUAGUAGACGUUGUAGAAUUUAAUUGGGAAAAAAAGGAAAUUAACCAAAUGUCUAAAUGCUUUAACGUAAUAAUUGUCUGGUAGACAGAUGCCUGCCUUAUGCUUGCAUCAUGGUAGUCUUGUGUGUGUUUGUGUUAUGUUACAACUCCUUUCAAACCUUGCUACAGUAACAUUAAAUCAUACUGACUAUGAGGGCUAACAAAUGAAAUUGGUUUCUUGUGUAUGCUGCACCACAUUCUAAAUUGC